AUGAGAACCAUCCUCGCGCUCUGCUGCGCGCUGGCCGCGGCGUCCGCGUCUGCGCCGUCGGCCGACCGCCGCGGGCAGCGGCGAUUCCCGCGUCUUCAGCUCGGCCUCGGCCGCCGGCGGUCAGACAGGAGCGCGCUCGCCAAGGCCUUUAUGAUGUCGGAGCUCAAGUUCACCACGGACGAGCCGGUCGAGGGCACCGACCUUAUCCAGUUUCGCGGCAAGGGCGACGAUUACUGCGCCUUCAUGGAGCCGCUCACAGAGCAGCUCUGCAACGAGCUCGGCGUCAAGAUCCGCUGCUUCGAGGUGUGGCACGACAGCAGGAACCUCGAGCUGCUGCAGAGGCUCGACGCUGGACG